AGCGCAAAGCAGGGUCCAAGGGCGCGCAUGCGCUUGGGAGGUGAGGCGCGAUGGCAGGUGUCUGGGUCGGUUGGCUACGGGAGAUGUGGAGGCCAGUGCUGCUCUUCCUCACUCUGUGCGCCGCAGGCGCCCGCGGCCUCUACUUCCACAUCGGCGAGACUGAGAAGCGUUGCUUCAUCGAGGAAAUCCCUGACGAGACCAUGGUCAUCGGCAACUACCGAACCCAGAUGUGGGACAAGCAGAAGGAGGCCUUCCUGCCCUCGACCCCUGGCCUGGGCAUGCACGUGGAGGUGAAGGACCCCGACGGCAAGGUGGUCCUGUCCCGGCAGUACGGCUCCGAGGGCCGCUUCACGUUCACCUCCCACACACCCGGUGAGCAUCAGAUCUGCCUGCACUCCAACUCCACCAGGAUGGCCCUCUUCGCUGGGGGCAAGCUGCGAGUGCACCUGGACAUCCAGGUCGGGGAGCAUGCCAAUAAUUACCCCGAGAUCGCAGCUAAGGAUAAGCUGACCGAGCUGCAGCUCCGUGCCCGCCAGCUGCUGGAUCAGGUGGAACAGAUUCAAAAGGAGCAGGAUUACCAGAGGUAUCGUGAAGAGCGCUUCCGUCUGACCAGCGAGAGCACCAACCAGAGGGUGCUGUGGUGGUCUAUUGCACAGACUGUCAUCCUCAUCGUCACUGGCAUCUGGCAGAUGCGUCACCUCAAGAGCUUCUUCGAGGCCAAGAAGUUGGUGUAGCACCCUCUCCAUAUAGCCUUCCUUUCUGCCUCAGUUAUUUGGUACUUCCCUCACCUCCUCCUUCAGCCAUCUGGAUUUUUGCUGGAGAGGGGAGAGGGAAAAGGAUAUAUCACCUUGGCACCGUGGCAACAAACCAGUCAGAUCAGAUACUUGUUUAACCCUGGUUCUCAAGGACACUGGUCCAAUCUUUCAAAAUCUGUUUUAGGGCUUGUGAGGAAGUGGAACUCACCCAAGAUUAAGUCUUGUUUCUUUUGCCUCCGUGGAGUCCCUUUUGUUCUCCCACAAAAUGAGCAGAACUUUCCAUUUUCUCUUUUACUAGGUUAGGUAGUAGGCCCUGCCUCACUGUCCCUGGCCAGGCCCGAGUUACCUCAAUGGCUUUGUGAAUGUAAAUAAGGGCAAGUCUCGCCCCAGAGGACUGAGAUGUUUUUCUAUAUAUUAGAACUAUUUUUUGAUAAAUUAUAUAUUUUCUUUCUAAUUGCAGUAUUACUGCUUGUAAUUAGCUGAAAACACCAAUCCAGUCCUUGUGUAUUGUGUUUGUUCACAUUUUUAAUAAUGGCCAUGGCAGCUCUCAGGAUUCCACUAGCCUGUGGGCCAGAAAGCAGUUGACACAGGUGCUGUCAAGGCCAUGUGACAUGGCUUCUCAGAAGGCCAAGCAAAGCUCUCUCUGUGAUCCCAUCCCACAGGGCCUUGGUGUCAGAGGUAAGAUGGAGACAGAACCGGCACGGGCAGUGAGUGCCGACCCUGCCUCUUCCCUAAGUUUUUUUUUGGUACCGGGAAUCGAACUCAGGAACUUGCACUUGCAAGGCAGCCGAUCCAACCACUGAGCUAAAUCCCUGGCCUCCCUAAGUCUUAUUUAAGCUCUGGUAAAUGUUUUUCUAAGGGAACCAGAUUUGGUUCUUUAUAUAGUUUUUUCCACCGAAAUAAAGCGUGUUAUAAUAGCUGUGUUUGAGAUGAAAUCAGAGGUUGUGGGGAGAGGGGAGAGGAAAAGCAGGAGGUUCCUGGCCUGGGCUGCUGGUGUCACGUGUCCUUUGUGUCUGCUAGGGCAGGCCCAUCUCCAGGGUUCCUGGGGCCAGACAGGGUAGUUGCUUAACCCUUCUCAAAGGCCAGCCAAGUGGAUCACAUAUCAGCAAGAGACUGAGAUUAAGUUCUUGGGUUUUUGCUCCGAAUCCUAAGCUUGAGUAACUCUCAGUAUGCUUCUCUCCUGCCCUUCUUCUGUAUAAAACUUCGUAUGACCAGUCGUCCCUUCUUGACAUCUUAUUUCAUCGUCUUAUAUAUUUAUUUGAAAUCCUAUUUAUUAAAUUACUUUUAUCUGA